AUGAACUUCCAGGUGACAGGCCUGGCCCUGGACAAAAUGAAGCUGGACAGUCCACAUUCCUUCCUGGACUCAGAGGAGGUGGAGGAGGCAGAGGACCAGCAGCUGCUGGAGCCAGAGGCUUGGAGGACGUACAUGGAGCGCCGCAAUGUGCUGCGUGAGUUCCUGACCACAGACCUGAGCCCCCAGUUGCUCAAGCGCCACCAUGCCCGCAUGCAGCUGCUCAAGAAGUGUUCCUACUAUAUUGAGAUCCUCCCUAAGCACUUGGCCCUGGGUGACCAGAACCCACUGGUGCUGCCUAACACCAUGUUCCAGCUUAUCGAUCCCUGGAAGUUUCAGCGCAUGAAGAAGGUGGGCACAGCACAGACCAAGAUCCAGCUCCUGCUGCUCGGGGACCUGCUGGAGCAGCUGGACCAUGGCCGGGCAGCUCUGGAUGCCCUACUUGAGGCCCCUGACCCACGGCCCUUCCUGGCAGGCUGGGGGCUUGUGGAGCAGCAGUUGGCAGACCUGUCAGUUGUCAUGGACAACUUCCUGGCCAUGAUGGUACCAGGACACCUGCAUGUCAAGCACCGCCUGGUAUCUGACAUUGGAGCCACCAAAAUCCCACACAUCCGGCUUAUGCUGAGCACGAAGAUGCCAGUUAUGUUUGACCGGAAGGAGUCAGUGGCCCAUCAGGACUGGGUCAGCCUGCGCUGGUUUGUAACCAUCCAACCGGCAGCACCAGAGCAGUAUGAACUGCGCUUCAAGCUGUUGGAGCCGAGGACACAACAGGAGUGUACACAGUGUGGCAUAGUCCCUGUGGCUGCCUGCACCUUUGAUGUCCACAACCUGUUGCCCAACCGUACCUACAAGUUCACUAUCAAGAGGGCAGAAAGCUACACCCUGGUGUAUGAGCCCUGGCGGGACAGCCUCACCUUGCAGACCACGCCAGGACCCCCUGAAGGGCCUGCCCCCAGUCGGCUGGGUAAGCCCAGCCUGUCCCUGACCACACCUUCUGAGAGAUGA